GUGGACGAUAUCCUUGAAGCCCGUUACCUUUUAUCUUGUGUUGGGGACAAAUGAAGCUGACUGAUUCUACUAUCAGAACUUUUAAACCUGUGAAAUAUUUUAAGGAGAAUUCAGACCGUAUCAAUUCCCUCAGUUAUUCCAGUAAUGGUGAGACGCUUAUUUCUAGCAGUGAUGAUGAUCAGAUGGUGACUUACGAUUGUUCUAGCGGAACACCUAAACGUACACUUAACAGCAAAAAAUAUGGAGUAAACUUGAUACAAUUCACUCACAGUCCGACGACUGCAAUUCACGCUUCAACAAAGAUUGAUGAUACAAUACGUUACCUUUCUUUGCAUGAUAACAAGUACAUCAGGUACUUCCAGAGUCACACUAAAAGGGUCGUUUCGUUGUGUAUGUCACCUAUUGAUGACACGUUCCUGUCUGGUUCAAUGGAUAGUACUAUUCGUUUGUGGGAUUUGAGGUCACCUAACUGCCAUGGUGUAAUGCAUGUUUCUGGUCGACCAACAGCGGCUUUUGAUCCAGAAGGAUUAAUAUUUGCAGCGGGGAUUAAUUCCGAAUCUGUUAAGCUCUAUGACCUACGAUCAUUCGAUAAGGGACCGUUUGCUACGUUCAAAUUGGGCAUGGAAACAAGUGGAUGCAUUUGGACCGGUUUACAAUUUUCCUCUGAUGGAAAGGCUCUUUUAAUAACGACCAACGGAACUCAUAUUCGUCUAGUUGACGCAUUUAAGGGAUCCCAUCUGCAUACAUUAGCCAUUCCAGCCAAUAAACAUAUAGUUGGCCAUGCGACUUAAAUUAAAAGCUAGUAGGCAACUUCAUUGGCUAAAGCACUGCUUGGUUUGGUCUCAUUCAAAUGGAUACAUUUAAUUAUGAUUUUAGCUUAUUCAGCAAAGAAAUUUUAUUGAAGUACUUUAGACUGUCGAAUAUUAUGAAGCAUGAUAAUCAAACCUUUUUAAUAUUAAACGAUUUAACAUCAAGUACACAAUAUUUAAAUCUGAAAAGUACAUUAUUUAUGUAAUGGAAAUAUAAGUUCUGUUCAUCAAUACACAAAAAUAACUAGAUUCUACUUAAAUUAUAAUUCUAAUGGAAAAUGAUUUUGAUUGUUUUUGUGUCCAUGAAUUUAUAUUAAUAUGAAAUGAAAGAUUUAAUCAUUAAAUAGACAACAAUAAACAACUUUAUAAAUAAUUAUUUAAAAUUGAAUAUUCAAUAAAUAUUUAUUGUAUAAUUUAAUUCAUAUGAAAAUAAAGGUGUAUACUAAUGGUAUGUAUAUUUAUUAACGAUCAGUUGUAAAAAUAAUAUUCUCUUGUACUUUUUACAUU